UGAAAUCUGCUCUGCUCUGCCAGAAGCUCAAAAGAACAGGGCCUUAAUAUUGUAUUGAGAUUUGAGAGGCAAUCAUGAAAACAAGAGAGGAACAAGAGAAAGAGAUAAUACAAGAAGAAAAUUCUUCUGCAGAGUUCCAUUCAAUUUGUGCAAUUGACUAACCACUUUCAAUGUCUAACACAUCCGUAUCUCAAGAGUAAAGACUCAAUUUCCUCAUUAGAAAGGGCCCCAUAAAUAACAAACUCCCAUGACUAGUACUAAUGCAACUAACAUUCAAACUUAUAAUAGGAAUAGCAGCCAAGCAGGAUAACCAAUUUUUGACAAUUCUACUAUUGAGAAUUCACUAAACUUAAUACAGAGUAUACCUUCAUUCCUUCAAUUCACAUUCACCAAUUCACCUAUAAAUAACACAUUAAAAAAAAAAUACAAAUAAUCCCAAAAAAAUGUUGCCAAAAAUCUCUCAUUUGAGUAAAAUCUACUUUCUAAUUCUGCUACUUUUCCUCAAUAUAAUCCACCAUUCAAAAUCUGAACCAACUACAAAUGGCUACACUUGCACAAUCAACAGCACAACCACCAAUUUCCCCUGCCAAACUUAUGUAUUAUACAGAGCUAAACCCCCAGAUUUCUUAGACCUUGCUUCAAUUGGUGACAUCUUCAAUGUCAGCAGACUAACAAUCUCAAAACCCAGUAAUAUUUCAAACCCAUCUUUAUCUCUUCUCCCAAAUCAACCCCUUUUCAUCCCCAUUUCUUGUGGGUGUCACCCUGUUCAAAAUCAAACCCUUAAAUCAAUCUCUUUUGUUAAUAUGACCUAUACUUUCAAACCACGUGACAAUUUUUAUUAUGUUUCCACUAAAAUUUAUGGUUAUCUUACCACUUCCCAAUCUACUGAAAUUGUUAACCCAAAUCUUGAUGUUCAUAAUCUUCCAGUUGGGGGUGAAUAUAUUUUUCCUAUCUUUUGUAAGUGUCCUAAUAAUACCCAGUUGAGAAAUAAUGUUAGUUUCUUGGUUUCUUAUGUUUUUCAGCCUGAUGAUAAUUUGAGUAGUAUUGCAUCUUUGUUUGGAGUAACUAGGCAGUCUAUUGUUGAUGUAAAUGGGGAUAAUCCUAAAAUUUUUGAUACGGUUUUCGUUCCGGUUUCGAAACUUGUUAAGCUUAAUCAACCGAUUCAACCUCCUGGUGCUCCUAAUAAUCAGACUAAUAGUGGGAGUAAUCAGACUAUUGUGGUGAAUAGUAAGAGUGAUCAUAAAGGGGCUGCUGUUGGUUUAGGUGUUGGAAUGGGUGUUAGUAUUUUGUUGCUUGUAUUGGUUUCUGGGGUGUCAAUUUAUAGGGAAGUUGACUACAGGAAAAAGUCAAAGGAGAGAGAUUUUGAGGUGAUUAAUAGGCAGGAAAAUGUAGGGAAUGAGAAGAUGAUUUUGAAGCAAUUAGAACAGAAUUUGCUGUUGGCUGAUGUUUCUGAUACUUUGGAUAAGUAUAAAAUUUAUGAAAUUGAUGAAUUGAGAAAAGCUACUGAUGGGUUUGAUGAAAAGAGUGUGAUUUAUGGUUCUGUUUAUAAAGGUUGUAUUGAUGGAAAAUUUUACGCUAUAAAAAAAAUGGAAUGGAAUGCUUAUGAAGAAUUAAAGAUCCUACAGAAGGUGAAUCAUGGAAACUUGGUCAGAUUGGAAGGAUUUUCCAUAGACCCUGAAGAUGCUACUUGCUACCUAGUCUAUGAGUUCAUCGAAAAUGGAUCUCUUCAUUUUUGGCUACACAAAAACAAGAGAAAAUUAAACUGGAAAGCUAGACUAAAAAUUUCAAUUGAUAUUGCUAAUGGUCUUCAAUACUUUCAUGAGCAUACUAGACCACAAGUGGUUCAUAAAGACAUUAAGAGCAGCAAUAUUCUCCUAGACGCCAACAUGAGAGCCAAGAUUGCCAAUUUCGGGUUAGCAAGGUCUGGGUGUAACGCUAUUACAAUGCACAUUGUAGGCACCCAAGGAUAUAUUGCACCUGAAUACUUAACUGAUGGUAUAGCCUCUCCGAAGAUGGACGUCUUCUCAUUUGGAGUAGUCUUGCUCGAGUUGCUAUCAGGUAGGGAGGCCAUCGACGUGGAGGGAAAAGUACUUUGGGCUAGUGCCCAUGAAACUUGGGACUACAUUGAUGAGACCGAAAAGGUGAAGAAGUUGAUGGAGUGGAUAGACAAGUUCCUUCAAACGGAAUCUUGUUCAGUUGAAGCCUUGACAAAUAUGAUGGAUGUGGCUGUUGCUUGUGUUAAUAAGGAUCAUUCAAAGCGGCCAAGUAUGGUAGAUGUUGUGUACGUGUUGUGCAAGAGUGAUGACCCCUUUUAUGAUAUGUCGGGAACUGAGUUUUCUACAUCUUCCAUUACAUCAAGAUAGAUCAGAUAAAUAUUUAGGUUGAGAUGCAUGUAUGUAGUCCCUGUAGAUGGUUGUUGAACAAAUGAACUGUUGAAGUAUAAAAUUUCCAAACAACACAUGUAAGUGUCCCACAUUGAGAAAAGAAGAGAGAAUUAAACACUUUAUUAAGCUAAAGGGUUGCUCCACCUAUUAUCAUAUGGUUUUGAGAUGAAACUUCCUUUGUUCUUGUGGAAUGGACUCUCUCUUGACAACAAGUGCGGCUUAGGCUUAAUAGUUUGUAAUAUAAUUUUUAUUCAACUAAGCAUAUGUCAAAAAAAAAAAAAAAAAAAAAAAGUCAUGGGUAGGGAUGGCAACGGGUCGGACUCGGAGCGGAUUAUGCUAAAUUGGGCUAUUUGGGCCUUAGCAACACACACCCACUGCACCACGGUCCAUCAGAGUCGGAGUCGGAUUCGGAU